UCGCUUGAGAAGCCGAAAUUGCAUUCAGCAGCGGCUGGAGUUUCAAUUUUUGUGGUCAAUGGUGAUUCUGGUUUCUGGUAGAGACAUUUGUAUUGGCGAUUUUGUCUUUUUGUCGUAGCAUUGAAUCUUCUUCUUUUGUAUUUCCAUCUGCUGGGACAUCACAUGAGAGCAAGAACAACAAUUCAAGCCCUCAGCUCGUCUCCUCCCUUUCCUCUCUUCAACCCCAAAGCUUCCCUUCAAAAUCUUAGUUUGCGAAUUCCAAUCCCUGUCCCUCUUUUCUGUUCCCAAAUCGAAAAACCAAUGUCAAUUUCCCCUUCUUUUCGCUUAUUCUCCACCAAAAACCCACAAUUGCUCGCGCGCCCACGCUAUUCACCAGACUCUGAAACCCCCAAGAUUGCAUCUUUGCACUCAAAACCCACAAAUCUUUUCUCCUCUAGGCCUAUUACAAUUCAAAGAAUACCCACAAAGCCAAUAUUUUCAACACCAUCAGCUUCCCCAGCUGCCACUCUCCAACCCAUUGAAGAGCUGCCCCCGAAGCUCCAAGAAAUCAUCAAACUUUUCCAGGCCGUUGAAGAACCAAAGGCCAAGUAUGAGCAGCUCUUGUUUUAUGGAAGAAAUUUAAGGCCUUUGGAUGGUCGGUUUAAGACCAGUGAGAACAAAGUACAAGGCUGCGUUUCGCAGGUAUGGGUCAGAACAUACCUUGAUUCGGAUAAAAAUGUAGUCUUUGAGGCUGAUUCUGAUUCAGUUCUUACCAAAGGCUUAGCUGCUUUGCUUGUUCAAGGCCUUUCAGGCCGUCCUGUGGAGGAGAUUUUGAGAGUUACACCUGAUUUUGCGGUGCUUCUUGGGUUGCAGCAGAGUCUUACACCUUCUAGGAAUAAUGGGUUUUUGAAUAUGUUGAAAUUAAUGCAGAAGAAGGCCUUGCAAUUGUAUUUGGAAGCUCAAAAGGCGGAAGAUUCGGUUGGUCAGUUAUCUGAAAGCCCGGAUGAAAGCUCGAUGUCAAAUUCGGGAUUAAACAAUGACGGUGGAAAUGGGGAUGUAAAGAGUAGAGUGAGUUCUGAAGAAGAUGUUACUGAUUUGAAAUUGGAUUCUGGUAAUGGUGGUGCAUUGGGGAGUAGGGGGAUGAGGAUCAAGGCGAAGUUAGUGAGUGAGCUGAAGCCUGUAGAAUUGGAAGUUGAAGAUAUAUCUUAUCAGCAUGCUGGGCAUGCUGGGGUUAAGGGCAGUGAUGGGGAGACACAUUUUAACGUCAAGGUGGUGUCGGAGGAGUUUGAAGGUAAAAGUUUGGUUAAAAGGCACAGAUUGAUAUAUGGUUUGUUGCAAGAUGAGUUGCAAAGUGGACUGCACGCUUUGUCUAUUGUAGCAAAGACACCAUCUGAAGUUAAUAGUAGCUAAACCAUUGGGGUUGAAUGAGGUUUUGUACUUUUUUUUUUCACUUCUCCAUUCCUGUUUGUUUUUCAUUGCUUUAAGCUAUGCUGAUGCUUUAGACUGUUGAUACCAUCGAGCUUAUAGUCCUUCAGAAAUGUGAGGAGAGUUAUAAGAAUGUAACAACGCUGUUUGAGAGUACAGAAUAAAAGUUAUAUUAGACGAUACUUCAAUGCCUCCUGUUUCA